AUUUCGAUUACACAAGGCGGAAGUGUAUAAUCUACAGGACCUGAAAGACUUUUUUUUUUAGUGGAACAGCAGACAACGCCGUUAACGCGGAAUAACACAGCUUUGACUCACUAUUCACGACACGGAGUGGAUAUAUUUUUUAAUUGUCGGUAACCCAGGUCAGUCCGUCGCAGCUCACCCCCAGGAGUUCAAUCCGUGACCCGGCUCACCAUCAGUGCCUGUGUUUGCCAGGUCCAGCUCCCGUAUUUACACCCGUAGUUUCAGAGCGUCUCACACAUAACAGUCCCUGUCGGUCUGUCAAUGGCUGGGCGUGGUGGAGGAGCCAACAGGCCCAACGGUGCCGCGUCGGCCAACAAAAUCUGCCAGUUCAAACUGGUGCUGCUCGGGGAGUCGGCGGUGGGCAAGUCCAGCUUGGUGCUGCGCUUCGUUAAGGGCCAGUUUCAUGAAUUCCAGGAGAGCACUAUCGGAGCUGCCUUCCUCACUCAGACCGUCUGUCUGGACGACACCACUGUGAAGUUUGAGAUCUGGGACACGGCCGGUCAGGAGCGCUACCACAGCCUGGCUCCCAUGUACUACAGAGGUGCUCAGGCGGCCAUUGUGGUCUACGACAUCACCAACACAGACACUUUUGUGCGUGCAAAAAACUGGGUGAAGGAGCUUCAGCGACAAGCCAGUCCCAACAUCGUGAUCGCUCUGGCUGGCAACAAGGCCGACAUCGCAAACAAGAGAGCCGUAGAUCUUCAGGAGGCACAAACAUACGCGGACGAGAACAGCCUGCUCUUCAUGGAGACCUCAGCCAAGACGGCCAUGAACGUCAAUGAAAUUUUCAUGGCCAUUGCGAAGAAGCUACCGAAGAGCGACCCUCAGGCUGGAGGUGGACCAGGCGGCCGAGGGACGAGGACGGGCGUCGAUCUACAAGAAUCCAGCCCUCAGGGCCGCAGCAGCCACUGCUGCGGCGGCGGAAAUUAGCAAGUAAAAGAAAAAAAAGAAAACGAAAGAAAACAACGAACUUAGUGAACGAGCCCUGAACAUCAUUUUAAAGGACAGCACGUAGCUAAAAAAAAAACCCAGAGAGGCAGGACAGGGCAGAGCCACUCGCCGCUCCUGCACUUACACUGAGAUCACAGAUGAGAUUAUCUGGACCCUCUUUUGAUUAAAGGAUCUUUUUAAAAAGAAUCAUAAGCUAGAGGGAAUUCCCCGAGGUCCCUCACUACUUCUCUUCUGUCUUUCCCUCCGUGUGUGUGUGUGCGUGUGUUCGUCUCCGGCCUCUGUCUCAGUUGAUUGAAUACUGUUUUAAAUGAACUCUCUUUGAAGUGUGAUGAUGAGUUUGUCCCUGUUUGUCUGAGCAUGUGUGUAUGUUCUCUGUGUGCGCGUGUAUAUAUUUAUAUAUAUGCACUCACGUACAUUAUCUAUCCCUGUCAUUUCCCUCUACACUGAUCCAUAGAGAACAUACAUGACGGUUGUGUUACUGCAGGUUAGAUUAUGCAGUUUUUGGACACAUUUGCACCUGAUAUUAACAUGUGACUCUUUGUUUUUUUUUUUUUUUUUUUUGGACGACAUUAUCUUUGCAGCCUUGCAUUUGCACCUAUCUUACAAAUGUGUUCUCAUCAUCUUCCUAUACUUGGAUUAUAUCUGAAUAUGCAAUUAAGUUUGGUGCUAGUGUGCAGAUAGGAGGCAAUGCUAUAAAUGGAUCUUUAUUAAUCUGUAAAUUUAAUCGUUCAGCAUUUCAUCUGCUGGCGCUGGCGGGGAAGAGGCAGAUCCUUCUCAGCAGCGUCUCCAGGCUGCACAUCCUCCUCAUUCCCUAAGAUCACAUUUUACUGGCAGGUGUAAAAAAAAAAAAAAAAAAAAAAAAAGAGGGGGGGGGGUUUGUUGUUCUUGUUGUUAUUAUUAAUAAAGACACAUUUAUAAGCGGAGGCUCGUCGAGAGGCACGUCAUGAUUUGACAGGCUGCACAUCCGAAGGUGUUUUCUGAACUGUACAACAAAUCCAGUUGUUUUCAUUCUUUGUGUAUUGGUAACCAUAACACCAGAGAGAGUUGUUAGCCUUUUUUUUAUUAAAAAAGAAAGAAAAUGUGACAUAACUUGUAAAUCUGGAGAAAAAAAAAUUGUAAUAAAUAACAUGCAGUGAUUCGUUUUCUUCUGAGUUGUUUUGCAGUGUACAGUUUGACACUGGAGGACGUUUCCAGUGAUUUGCAUUGCAUGUACAGGCCAGACCAGAAGUAUUUGGACAGGGUACACGUGACUGUGUCUUCAGGCUCUGUGCUUCUGCACAUUUAAUUUGAAAUAAAGUAACGGAUACUA